AUGAGUCAACAUGAUGCUGUUGAAGGCUCUAGUCAACAGGAUUCGGUGACAGCGGUCGAUUACAUUGAAAAUCAAUUGAGAUUAGAACGAGAAGCAAGGGAAUUAAUGCCCUACGAUCCAAAUGAAUGCACUUACGAACAAGGUGAACUCAGACAACCCGUAUUCGCAUGCUUAACUUGCUCUAAAGAGAAUGACAACCAGCCAAUUGGGGUAUGUUACUCCUGUUCAAUUCAAUGUCAUGCUAGUCAUGAAAUUGUGGAAUUGUUUAGUAAACGAUCCUUUGUUUGUGAUUGUGGGACAACAAGAAUGUCCAAGACUUUUAAUGGUGCUUGUAAUUUACGAAGAAGGGGGGAGGCUUCAGAAAAGGGAAGGCGGUUAUCUGUUUCAUCAACGAGUUCUAAGGAAUUGAAUUUGAAUGCGGAAGAUAUUCCAUCUUCUUCAAAUAUCUAUAAUCAGAAUUUUCAUGGGAAUUUUUGUUGUUGUGAGAAACCAUAUAAUCCACUAGAAGAAACUGGUGAUAUGCUACAAUGUUAUUUUGGAUUUGUUUGUGGAGAGGAUUGGUAUCAUGAUAGAUGUAUUAUGGGUAUAACGAAAGAAGCAGUAGAGAAGGAUAGACAAACCAACGGUAAAAAUAUGUUGGAUAAACUUGCUCCACCAGGAGAAGAUGCUGAAGCGGAACAACAACGAGAGGAACAGGAAUCAGAUGCAGAGUCUGCUAUACCACAUUUUCCAAAAUUGGACAAUUUCGAUGUUUUCAUCUGUUGGAAGUGUAUAUCACAAUUCCAAGAUGUGUUCAACGAACUUGAAAAGACCCCGGGUAUAGUCUACACUAAAUUAGCACAUUUUGAUACUAUCAACACAAUGCAUGACUGGGAAUCCAAAAAUGCAGAGCUAGAAAAGAAGCUGAAUCGUACAGAUGACGAACCAGUUGUGAAAAGAAUGAAGACCGAAGAACCGAAACAGCCGCAGUAUUCUUUCUUCUUGGCUAAUGAUUUCCGUGAAAAGAUUAUACAGCUUUAUGAAUCAUUAAACAAAGAAUCUAGAUUGUAUGAAUUUUUAACAAACAACAACUAUCUUUUCUUGGAUGAUCCUAUAUACGAACCACCAAAUGAUGUAGAAUCAACAACUGGGUCAAUACUUGAGAUGGGUGCUGAUGCAUUACAAUCAAUUCCUCGAGAAAAGGCAAUUGAAGGACUACAGGCAUAUGAUAAAAUUCGCGAGAAAUUACGCGAUUUCUUUAAACCAUUUGCAGAAGAGGGUAAAGUCGUUACUGAACAGGAGGUUAGACAAUUCUUUGGUUCAAUGAAAGAGGAACAGGAAAAUGAACUCAAAUAA